GUCAAAGGAGAAACAAUACAUCCAAAGGUGUUUCUGCUAACGGCAUACUUCAGACCCAGACACAGGACUCAACGGUAUAUUUCUGGAGAGCAAGGCACGAUCAUGGCAGCCGCUAUGUAUUUCAGCAUCUGGGCAUUGCUCAUAGCUGAACUAGUAUGUGCUCGGAGUGUGAGGCAGGUUCAUGACAUGAAUGAGCCUGAAGAUUGGGCUGUGGAUGAUUUCAUGUGUCCCAGGGAAUGUUUCUGUCCUCCCAGUUUCCCUACUGCUCUCUACUGUGAAAAUCGAGGUCUUAAAGAAAUCCCUGACAUCCCAUCACGGAUCUGGUAUCUUUAUAUUGAAAACAAUCUGAUAGAAACGAUUCCUGAGAAACCGUUUGAGAAUGCCACCGAGCUUAGAUGGAUAAACCUAAACAAGAACAAAAUAACCAAUUAUGGAAUUGCAAAAGGAGCUCUGAGCCAAUUGAAAAAGCUUCUUUUCUUAUUUCUGGAAGAUAAUGAACUAGAGGAGGUGCCUUCUCCAUUGCCAAGAAGUUUAGAACAAUUACAGCUCGCUAGAAACAAGGUAUCCAGAAUUCCUCAAGGGACCUUCAGCAAUCUAGAGAACCUGACCCUUCUAGACCUGCAGCACAACAAACUCUUAGAUAAUGCAUUUCAAAGAGAUACCUUUAAGGGACUCAAGAACCUUAUGCAGCUAAAUAUGGCCAAGAAUGCCCUGAGGCAGAUGCCACCAAGAUUACCAGCCAACACAAUGCAACUGUUUUUAGACAACAAUUCCAUUGAAGCAAUACCAGACAAUUAUUUUAAUGUGAUUCCUAAAGUAGCCUUCCUGAGGCUAAACCACAAUAAAUUAUCUGAUGUAGGUCUCCCUUCAAGUGGUUUUGAUGUCUCAUCCAUUCUAGAUCUUCAACUGUCUUACAACAGACUCACAAAGUUUCCCCGCAUCAGUGCUCACCUCCAGCACCUGCACCUCGAUCAUAACAAAAUCAAAAGUGUGAAUGUCUCUGUAAUUUGUCCGCCCCCUCCUUCCGUGCCUGGAGAACGAGAUUUGUUCAGUUACGGACCUCGUCUUAACUACCUCCGUCUGGAUGGGAAUGAAAUCGAACCCCCAACCCCCAUGGAUUUAAUGAACUGCUUCAGUCUCCUUCAGGCUCUCAUUGUUUAAGCACAUCUGCGAUCUAUGAUUGGUUCAAUGAGUUACGAGUCCUGACGUGAAAUUCGUUAUGAUUCGUGUGCUCAGAAAAAAAAUCACAUUUUCAACUGCUCUUUACCACUCUCCUCAGUUGUGCAGCUUCUUUGAUUCUAGCCUCUUCCCAAUGGCAACAUGCUUGCGCCAAUGACACCGAGCAUAGUCUCUUGUGAUUGGCUGUAUUUUAAUUCAUAGUAUGGACACAGAGUUAUUGUCAACUCAAAGUGGUAUGCUUUACUUUUUUCUCAAUUUAUUAACAAGAAAUUUAACUGCAGUUACACAAUAAAAAGGAUAUAUGCGUUUCUUCAACAGUACUUAUGUAGAUACUCUAUUCACAGUAUAAAUUCAGUAAUGAAGCAGGAGGUAGAAAGGAAUGAGGAAAAAUGUUUAACAAAAUAUUGUUUUAUCAUUAUCAUAAUGAAAUAAAUGCAACUUUCUAAGUAGCUUUUGCUCAAGAAUAGAUAUUUAGCUCAAAACUGAGUAAUACAAUAAUGAAAUAAAUCAAAGAUUUCAUAACAAUAGGAUCGUGUUACAGGAAAUAGGUAGGCCACAAGCACUUAUAUUCUCUUAUCAUUUCUUAUAUAUGUUACAAGGUAUGCUAAAAAUAAAACAAGUGCUAACAUGUUACAUUACUGUAUCAUAUUUCAGAUAUA